AUGUGGCGGCGGGAGCUCGAAUGGCCGGUGGCGCGGCUGGUAAUCAAGAGGAAGAUUGGUCACGACGUGGCGACGGUCGGGCGACGCAAGAAGAUCGAGUCUGUUGGUGGGUGUGCUGCUCUAAUCUGGUGGCGGGGCGGCGGGGGGAGCUCAAAUCACGCGGCGGUGAUUCAGCGGCGGAGAAAGCGGCCAAUUCGGCCGAUUUGGAGAUGGGCAACGGCAAAUCCGGCGACGGGGGCGGUGGAGCGGUCAGAUCUGGUAGCUGAGCGGUACAGCGUGGUCCGGUGGGCAGCGAAAGCUAGCUCGUGUCCCCCCAUUCCCUUCUCUCCCUCCCACCAAAAAGUUUACGGCGGCUGCGCUGUUCUUCCCAGCAGCGCCGACUGCUGCUUCGUUGGAAGUCAGAUUCGGUUGCGGGGGAGAUGGAAAGGCGACCGGCGACGAGGGGCCUCUACACGACGCCCCCUCUGCGAGCACGAUGACAUCUCAGUCUCACUCUCACACGGUUUCAGCAGCCGGGGAAAGCACAUCGCCAGGAGAAGCUCACAUGCUGGACCAGGAACUUCUUCUAUUAAUCCACUUAAAAGGAAGAGGGGUGUCUAUGGUAAGAAGAAGAAGAAGAUGAUCCCUGUUACUCCUCAAGAAGAUCUGCUCUUUGCUUCCUCUGCUUCAGAAAGUGACGGCGACGAGGACACCGACAUGAGUUCUGGUUCUGACAUGUGAGCUUGUCGGUUUCUCUAUGAAGUUCGUUUUGGCGCUCAUGAUUCUAUCCUUUCCUGUGUGCUUUUGACAAAUAAAUUCUGAAGACUUUGUGAUGCAUGUAAUGGACUAUGGACAUGCUGCUGUUGUUACUGAACUUAA